AUGAUAACGUUCCGGCUGUCCAAUGGUGUGUACGCGUACGCCGCCUACCUGCUGCUGAUGGUGUACUUCCUGUGGCCUGGACGGUUCGCCAGCCUGUACGAUUACAUCGAGGGUGAAAACAUCUACGAUCAGCUGAUACGCAAAACGACCAAAAACAUCUCACUGAUGCGGAACGGGUUGCGGUGCGAUUACAGUGAGGUUAUCGAGGAAAAUCUGUCCCUUUACCGGCCACCGUACACCGAGGACAUCAUUAACAACAAUGUCCGGCUCGGCGGUGAAUACUAUCCGGAAGAUUGUCUGCCCAGCUUUAGCACAGCUAUUAUCAUACCGUACCGGCAGCGGGAAAGGCAGCUAAAUCAGUUCCUUAUCUACAUGCACAACUAUUUACGUCGGCAACGGAUUCACUACCGGAUCUUUGUGAUUGAGCAGUACGAUCCGAAGCCGUUCAAUCGGGCCAAACUGUUCAAUAUCGGGGCGCUGAUCGCGAUGGGCCUAGACUAUCCCUGUCUGGUACUGCACGACGUUGAUCUGAUGCCGAUGAACCUUGGCCAUCUGUACGCGUGCUCCCGAAAGCCACGCCACAUGUGCUCGAGUCUGGAUGUGUUCCGGUACAAUCUACCCUACCGGGGACUGUUCGGUGGAGCGGUAGCAAUCGAAUCGAGCGUCUUCCUGAACAUUAACGGCAUGUCGAACAUGUUCAGUGGAUGGGGCGGUGAGGAUGACGAUCUGUACGGGAGGCUGCAGAACAAGCAGAUCGAAAUAUGUCGCUUCAGUCCGUCCUACAGCCAGUACUCGAUGUUGAAGCAUCGGCCAGAAGCACCGAACAAGGAUCGGGUAGCAUUCCUGAAGAAUGGCAAGCUCCGGUACCACACGGACGGAUUGAAUUCGCUCGUUUACAAGCAGGUCGGCUUCAAGCUGCACAACCUGUUCACGCACGUGCUGGUGGAAACUUAAAAGAAUCGAG